GUCAAGGCGCUGAAGCGUGAGUUUCCGGUGCUGCGCCACCUGGAAAGCUCCUACCACGUCCGUCAGGAGCGGGACGGCCUUCUGAUCGGGCCCUAUGAGCAUCCGGACCGCAUGAGUCUCUCCGAGGACUGGGUCCUGAGGGGCGUCCGGCCAGGGUUCGGUCGCGAACUGUUCCCGCCGGAUCUGGACCGUAUUGAGCCCAACCUAGAAAUGGCCAUGGAGCUGCUGCUCUGUUUUGCUGGGGCGAGCAUCCAGAGCGUGGUGAACGGGCCCAUCACCUACUCGCCGGACGUGCUGCCCAUGGUGGGCCCCACACUGCUGCCCAACAUGUGGGCCGCCGUCGGCUUCAGCUACGGUAUCGUGUUCGUGGCCCCUAACACCGCCUCCCACCCAUGCCGCUACGGGCCCUGGACCACCGACAGCUACAGCCUGGCCAAGUGUCGCGAGAGCUACGGCAUGAACACAGCGCUGGGCCUGCCGCGUGAGGAGCGCUGGGCAGGUCGGCCCACCAGCCGGGUCAGCGGGGCUCACGCGCAGCUGGUGGCGCGCGGCGCCUCCAUGGAGCAGCACACCGGGUGGGAGCAGCCGGCGUGGUUUGCCGAGCCCGGCACCGAGCCCGAGUACAGGCCCAGCUUCCAGCGCACCAACUGGCACGAGCGGGUCGGCGACGAGUGCCGCACCGUCAUGGAGCGGGUCGGCGUCAUCGACAUCACGCCCUUCGCCAAGUUCUACCUCUCGGGUUCGGACGCCCGUGCACUUCUGGAGUACGCCACGGCGAACACGAUACCCGCCACCUGGAGGACCUGCGUCACGCACUACUUGACCCCCGGCGGCAAGGUCAUGGCCGAGCUGACCCUGACCUCUCUCCCCGAUGAGAGGUUCCUCAUCAUCACCGGCACGGGCAGCGAGUUCCAUGACCUCAGGUUGGUGGUCGGCAACACGACCUCCGGCUGCUACAGCCACAACACCGGCCAGACCCUGGCCAAGGCGUACGUGCCGCCGUACCUGGCAGUCGCCAGCACCGAGGUGCAGGUCAAUGAAAGGGCGCGCGGCCCGCCGGCCAGAGACGCGCUGAAGCGCAAGGCCGCCAAGGCCAAGGCCAAGUAG